AUGGCGUCUCUGCUGCCAUCUUCCUCGCUAUCCUCGGCUGUCCGAAAGCAGUCGUCGUCUCUGUCGCUGAAUCUCACAUCGACCCAGACCACGCUGUCAACUAGACGCUUCAGCACAAUCCCAGUGACAUUCUCAUACGGAGGACAGAGUCAAUUGCGAAACCUUCUACAAUCUCCCUCCAGACCUUCUUUCUCCCACACUGUGCUUCCUAUUCAGCAGUCGCGAACCUUCCUGGCAAAGCUCACUCGUCGAUCUCCGGCUACCGCAGAGAGACAUUCGAAUCCCGCCCCCACGACUCCGCAGACGCAAGCACAAGCUCCACCUCUGCAGCUAACCAACCUGCCUUAUUUCGUUCGUCGUACUCCCUCCAACCAGUUACCCGUCUAUCUCGUUACCAAAGCUGGCGGUACCAAGCAGCAAACCAAGAUUCAGAAGACAGAGGGCGACCUGGAGGCCCUCCGGAGUGACCUGGCACGUGCCCUGGGUUUGGAGUCGGGAGAUUCGCGCAACAAGAGCCCAGAUGUAACGAUCAACAGGCUCAAUGGGCAUAUCAUUGUCAAGGGCUGGCGUAAACCCGAGAUUCAGAAAUUCCUUCUGGAACGCAACUUCUAA